AUGCCACUGCCAAAUAAAUACACAACUACAAUCCUCCCACCCCCAGGCUCACAACCCCUCACCCUCCCGACCCCGAAGACACCAUCCCCACCAACAAACCCGCCAUUCUUCAACGACGCCCUCGCAGUCCGCCUCUCAGUCUUCGUCGACGAGCAAAACUGCCCCCCCGAAUUCGAGAUUGACGACGACGACGCUCGUUCCUGGCAAUGGGUUCUCUACCAUCCAAAGUCUGAAUCUGAAUCGGCAUCGGCAUCGGCAUCGGCAUCGGCAUCGGAAUCAGAGGCAGGAAAGAAUGUAGUACCCGUCGGUGUAGUGCGCCUCGUCCCACCGCCGCAUGCAUCCCACGAAGGGUUCGUCGCAGCAUUUGCGCCCGCGGAUGCAGAUGCAGAUACAGAACCAGCAGCAGCGCGAGACGUCACAGCAGCCGGGUACGACCUAGACCACGAGCCGUAUAUCAAGUUCGGGCGUGUUGCCGUGUUAUCCACACACCGGGGCAACGGGCUUGCGAGGCAAUUGAUGGAGACGGCGAUGGGGUGGGCGGAGGAGAAUGCGGGUGCUAUUACUGCAGCGUUUGAGGGUGUUUGUAAGAAGGAGCGAGAAAAGAUGGGGCUUGAACCAGCUGGGGCUCGGGCUCCCCGGUGGAAGGGGUUGGCGUUGGUUCAUGCGCAGGUUGAGGUGGAGGGGUUGUAUAAGCGGUUGGGGUUUGUGACGGAUGAGGAGCUGGGGAGGUGGGUGGAGGAGGGGAUUGAGCAUGUUGGGAUGUGGAAGAGGUUGGAUGUUAGGAAUUAA